AUGAUGGCUGAAAUAACAAUACUGCUCCUGCAACACACGCAGUUCGGUACCAGCAAAAGAGGAAGAAUUCAGAAUGUGAGAGUUGAUUCAUUCAGUCUCUUCCUUUUUUCCUUCCUAUCUAUCUAUCUAUCUAUCUAUCUAUCUAUCUAUCUAUCUAUCUAUCACAUGUUCAUUAUGUAUCUAUCUAUCUAUCUUUCUAUCACGACCUUUUCAAUAUCUAUCACGAACUUUUCAAUAUCUAUCUAUCUAUCUAUCACGACCUUUUCAAUAUCUAUCUAUCUAUCUAUCUAUCACGACCUUUUCAAUAUCUAUCUAUCUAUCUAUCUAUCUAUCUAUCUAUCUAUCUAUCUAUCUAUCUAUCUAUCUCUCAAGACCUGUUCAUUAUCUAUCUGUCCAUCUAUCUGUUUCGGUACCAGCAAAAGAGAAAGAAUUCAGAAUAAGAGAGUUGUUUCAUUCAGUCUAUUCCUUCUAUCUAUCUAUCUAUCUAUCUAUCUAUCUAUCUAUCUAUCUAUAACCAGUGGCCGUGACCAUGCAGAGAAAGAAAUGAAAUCUCUUAUCCCUGUCCAUCUUUGUUUUUUGACUCCCUCACUUUUGAUUUUAAUCUCUUUUUUUCCCUCUUUUUUCUCUCUCUUGGACUCUUUUACUCUUAAUUUUCUUUUCUUCGUUUACUCUUUGAUCUCCUUCACCCUUUACACUUUUAAUCUGUCUGUCUUUUUUUUACUCUUUCUCUCAUAUUGUCUACCUAUUACUACAUUGCUUUUACCCCCCCUCUCUCUGUCUUUUAUACUCUCACGUUUACGCGUGUACUAUGGUUGUUUUACUCUUUAUCGACCCUUUUCUCUUUCGGUCUCUCUGGACAUGCAGCUUUCCAUCCACUCUCAAUCCUCAUCAUUGGCGCUUUCUCACUUCUUUUUAUCUAUUGAUCGUAAUUGUUCUUGCGUAGCUGUCUCUCUAUGUUCGCAUCUCUCGGUGUAUCGAAAUAUCUAUUUCAGUUCGUUUGUCCUUUUUUAUUCUUUCUUUUGGCUAUCUAUCCAUAUCGCUCUAUCGACCAGCGCUCGUUUCUUAUUCGAUAUUUCGUGCCGAGAAAACAUUUUAUUUUUUCUUUCGAUUCUUUCCUUUUUUCUUUACUAUUUUCCCUUUCCUUUUUUGUUUACUAUUUUCUUUCUUUUUCUCUUUCGUUUUUCUUCACUAUUUUUAUUUUACUUUUCUCUUUCCUUUUUCUUUACUAUCUAUCUUUCCUUUUUUUCCCUUUUUUCUUUACUAUUUUUCUUUCUUUUUCUCUUUCUUUUUUCUUUAUUAUUUUCUUACCUUUUCUCUUUCCUUUUUUCUUUAUUAAUUUUCUUUUUUUCUUUUUCCUUUUACUUUAAUAUUUUCCUUUCUUUUUCUAUUUCCUUUUUUCUUUACUAUUUUUAUUUACUUUUCUCUUUCUUUUUCUUUAAUAUUUUCUUUCCUUUUUUCUUUCCUUUUCCUUUACUAUUUUUCUUUUCUUUUCUCUUUCCUUUUAUCUUUACUAUUUUUCUUUCGUUUUCUCUUUUCCUUUUUUAUUUCCUUUUUUUUCUUUUCUUUAUUUUAAUACUUUGCUAUAUCUCUCUGUCUCUCAAAAUUUAUAGCAGUCUUUAUCUGAAUUACAUUUUCUCCGACUGUAGUUUUCCCCUAACCGCCAUUUUUCUUCUGUCUUCACUUUGUUUCACUGAUCGUCUUUAUUUUUUUUCUUUCAUUUUUCCGACGUAUCUCUGCAGUUGCUUCCCUUCCUUUCUUUCUUGCUCCCGUUAUGUAGUUUCUUUCUUUCUUUUUUUCUUUCUUUCUUUCUUUCUUUCUUUUCAUUUCCUUUCAAUCCAAAGGGUCUGGAAGGCCAUUCUUUGA